GCUCCGCGCCCUGCGAGCGGCACUGCGCGGGCUGGACAGGGCUUGGCAGCAGCGGCAGCAGCAGCAACAACUACAACAGCAGCAGUAGCAGCAGCAGCAAAAGCAGCGGCAGCAGGGCUGCGCUGGGAAGGACUAUCCCUCUUUCUUUAACUUCAAAGCGAGGAGGAAAAGAGCCAGGGGAGCAAAAAUGGAGAGGCAGAUAGCUGAUCAGCUUCCCUGGAUUUCGCUGACGCCACAGGAAAGCUUUGCCUGAAGAUGGAAACACUGGAGUCGGAACUGACCUGCCCUAUCUGUCUGGAGCUGUUUGAGGACCCGCUGCUGCUGCCCUGCGCUCACAGUCUCUGCUUCAACUGCGCGCACCGCAUCCUGGUCUCCCACUGCGCCUCCAACGAGCCGGUGGAGUCUAUCACCGCCUUCCAGUGCCCCACCUGCCGCUAUGUCAUCACCCUCAGCCAGCGUGGUCUAGAGGGGCUCAAGCGCAACGUCACCCUGCAGAACAUCAUCGACCGCUUUCAGAAAGCCUCGGUGAGUGGGCCCAACUCCCCCAGUGAGACCCGUCGGGAGCGGGCAUUCGACAGCAACAGCAUGUCCUCCUGUGAGAAGGUCCUCUGCCAGUUCUGUGACCAGGACCCUGCCCAGGAGGCAGUGAAGACAUGCGUGACUUGCGAGGUCUCCUACUGCGAGGAAUGCCUGAAAGCCACGCACCCCAACAAGAAGCCUUUCACCGGCCACCGGCUGAUUGAGCCCAUCCCGGACUCUCACAUCAGGGGAUUAAUGUGCUUAGAGCACGAGGAUGAGAAGGUGAACAUGUACUGCGUGACGGACGACCAACUGAUCUGUGCCCUGUGCAAGCUGGUCGGGCGGCACCGAGACCAUCAGGUGGCAGCUCUAAGUGAGCGCUACGACAAGCUGAAGGAACUAACCGCAUUCUGGAGUCCAGACCUUGCUGAGAUUUCAGGAGCUGUGACAGUAUCACUCUGUAGUACAGUGGUAGGCCAGCAAAAUUUGGAGAGUAACCUCACCAACCUUAUUAAGAGGAAUACUGAACUGGAAACUCUUCUGGCAAAACUCAUUCAGACCUGUCAACAUGUAGAAGUGAACGCAUCUCGCCAAGAAACCAAGCUGAUGGAAGAAUGUGACCAGCUUAUUGAAAUAAUACAACAGAGACGACAAAUAAUUGGAACCAAAAUCAAGGAAGGAAAGGUGGUGAGGUUGAGAAAACUGGCUCAGCAGAUUGCAAACUGCAAACAGUGCAUUGAGCGCUCGACGUCCCUCAUCUCUCAGGCUGAGCAGUCGCUGAAGGAGAAUGAUCACGCUCGCUUCCUACAAACAGCUAAAAACAUCACCGAAAGGGUUUCCAUGGCAACUGCAUCCUCCCAGGUUCUAAUUCCUGAAAUUAAUCUCAACGAUACUUUUGAUACUUUCGCACUUGAUUUUACCAGGGAGAAGAAAUUGUUAGAAUGCCUUGAUUAUCUUACAGCUCCCAACCCUCCCACCAUUCGAGAAGAGCUCUGUACAGCUUCUUAUGAUACUAUUACUGUCCACUGGACAUCAGAUGAUGAGUUCAGUGUGGUCUCUUACGAGCUUCAGUACACCAUCUUCACUGGACAAGCUAACGUUGUCAGUUUAUGUAACUCAGCCGACAGCUGGAUGAUUGUUCCCAAUAUCAAACAAAACCACUACACCGUGCAUGGGUUACAGAGUGGCACAAAGUACAUCUUCAUUGUUAAGGCCAUUAAUCAGGCUGGCAGCAGAAGCAGUGAGCCAGGCAAGCUCAAGACAAACAGUCAGCCAUUUAAACUGGACCCCAAAUCUGCUCAUAGAAAACUGAAAGUGUCUCAUGACAACCUGACAGUGGAACGUGAUGAAACCUCCUCCAAAAAGAGUCAUACACCAGAGCGAUUCACGAGCCAAGGGAGCUAUGGAGUAGCUGGCAAUGUGUUCAUUGACAGCGGACGGCAUUACUGGGAAGUGGUUAUAAGUGGCAGUACGUGGUAUGCCAUCGGUAUUUCAUACAAGUCAGCACCAAAGCAUGAGUGGAUCGGGAAGAACUCUGCCUCUUGGGUGCUGUGCCGCUGCAACAACACUUGGGUGGUGAGACACAACAGCAAAGAAAUCCCAAUAGAGCCUGCACCCCAUCUCCGCCGGGUCGGCAUUUUGCUGGACUAUGACAAUGGUUCCCUUGCUUUUUAUGAUGCCUUGAACUCCCUGCACCUUUACACCUUUGACAUUACAUUUGGGCAGCCCGUAUGCCCCACAUUCACUGUGUGGAAUAAGUGUUUAACCAUUAUAACAGGCUUGCCCAUCCCUGAUCACUUAGACUCCUCUGAGCAGCUGGCAUGACUGUUAAAAGCUAACAAGUAGGAGGAUGUGUUUCCCAGGGCAGCUGCCUGCAGGAGCUUGCCUGGAGCUGGUGGACUGCGUGGCAUCUCAGUUGUUGCUGCCAAAACCAGCCAGAACCGAAAAGGGGUAGAUCUCUCUUUUCUGAGUACUAUAUGCAGAAGGACAAGAAUUUGCUUUAAUAAUACUUAGAACUCUUUUUGCAGUUGCUUUUGUUUUGUUUUGCAUUUAGUCCCUUUCAGGAAGAUUUAUAAAUUAUUUAUAAAAAAAAAAAAAAAAAAAAAAGAAGAAGAAGAGGAAGAAGAAGAAAGGAAGAAAGGGGAGAGAGAGAAGAGAAAGCCUGGUUUGGAUACCUGAAAAAUGACUUAUUUGUUUUGCACAUCGAUGGUCACAUUCAUUAAGGUUUCAUCAGCUGGUUACAUUAUUUUAUUUUACAGUGGAUAAAGGCAGGAAAUUGGAAGGAUAAAAGUGUGCAGUGGUGGACAAGUCAGUAUACUGCUGGUUUUAUUCAUGCCAAUUUUAGUAAUCAUUACUGAUCUUAUUGAAUGCAAAAUCUCAUAAUUUCUACCUUGCACAUGGGAAUGUGCAGACCAAAAAGAAUAAAAAUAAACAACUAAAGAAGUAGAGCUAGCCAACACAGCAAAAGAAAGUUUAAUUUACUUCUGUUCACAGGGCAGUGCAUUCUCUGUUUGCAAAACACAUGUGGAAUAUCUUCUAGAAAUCUGAGUGCAUAAAUCAUGUGGUGAUUUAUUUUGUUGAUGACAACAUUCCCAUCUGUCAGUUUCACUUUCGUCUUUGGGAAACACUGUAGAGUCAUUGAGGACGUUAAAGACUGAUACCAUCUCUGAAAUGGCAACGCUGGAGGAGAGGAGCCACCCCAAGGUCUGGCUGUAGACUAAUUUGACAAAACACUGCAACAUUUAAGGUUUGAUUGUAAUGGAAGACAUUGCAUUUCUGAUGGUAGACACAUGAAUGCUUAUUGCUGAUUUUACAAGGUUCAACACAGCAAGCACAGCCAAUAACUCGGAAGUGAGACAUGAGCCACCUUACCAUUGGUUUUAAAUUAAAUACAAAUGUUUCAUUGUUGUACAUUAUGUAGUAAUAACAAAGCAAGGAAAUCUGUUUUGCAUGAGCUGUAUGGAGAAACAUUGCAGCUGGAGUUUGUUCAUGAUUAUAAUUGUCUUGAGCUGUUUGGGAAAGAACAGUUCUCUUUGUGAAUGAGCACUAAACAAAUUUUCAGGAAUAGUAGGAAUCUGCACAGGCAGGCUCUACAUUCAUGUAGGUGUUGGUGGAUGAACUUCAAUGAAGUCAAUAGAAGUUGCACCUAUUUUAUCUCAAAGCUGAAUCAGGUGCAUUUUUUCACUUUUCCUUCUACGAGGUAGAAGUCUUUUGUAAUUACUACAGUACUUGUUUAUAAAUGAUCAUUUUGGGAGAUGUUUCAGGCAUAUGACAACUUUAAAAGAAUGGUCUUCUUAUAGUGUUUUAUUGUUACUGUUCAAGUGGUGAAAAUCUGCCUGUGUGGAAGGAGUAUAAAUACCAACUUCAAGCAAAUAUUUGUUCAGUAGCUUAUAACCAUGCUUAGGUGUCUUUUGAAAAGGAUGCCCUAAUGCACUUUGUUCACUAAUGGGUCCAAAAUAAAAUGGUCCCAAACUCAGCUUCAGAUUUUUAAAAUAUUGAUUCUGCAGGUACAAAGCUGUACUACAGUUUGCCUUAUGAUGAUGUAGAAAACUUAUGAACUUGGUAAUGAAUACAUACACGCAUACGGAGUUUGAUUUUUCCCUUUUUUAAUAGGAAAUAAAUGUCAGUCUUUGUUCCUUUGGUUUGCCUUUACACGCUCUACUAGCUGAUUACUCAAAUGGAGAAAAGUGUGACAGUACGUUGCUGGUAAUGUAUGUGGCUUUUUGCUAUGACAGUAUCCCAUGGUUCACAGGCAAGAACCACCGAUUUUUCCAGAGUUGACAUAAAUACAGGAAAGUUCGUACAUGCAGUGUCAGUGUACUGCACUGUUUAUUGUUGUGUCUUAAGUAGCAAAGAAAAGAAUAUGCUCAAAAAUGAAAAAGUAAAUAAAUCCUCAGAAAUUACAUUUGUAUCUGAGUACAUUGCUACCAGUACAGCCUGUUGCACAUCUGGAUGAGUCGGCCUGGAAUGUUUGGAAGAUAGUUGAGAUGGCAUGAAAAUUAUUAUAAUGAAUUGACAGGAGAUGAGUGGUGAAAGCAAUGAUAAAAAUGUACAGGAUGAAGGGACUCUUAAUUUAGGAUUUUUGCCAAGUUUCUGCCCAACAGGAAAGUAUGUAUUACCACAGUACAAGUGGCAAGGCCAUGUGCCUCCUCUUUCCCUAGAAAUAUUAAAUCUAGAAGCUGAUUUCAUAGUGAACAAAUUGAAAACACUCUUCAGUGCUUGGCCGUACAAUGUUAGCAGUGAUCGAGCUGGAUGUAGUUAACACCAUGAACUUGGAAAGAUCUCCAGUGAUCUCGCAUAUUUUCGUUUUAAAGACACUGUGUUCAAAGGCAGGUCAUGGUUUUGGUGAAAGUAAAAAAUGAAUGGUCUUUUAUCUGUAUGCCUUUCUGUAUUAUUUAUAUUUUAACACAGAAUACUUCAUUUGGAGUUAGGCCACAUUGCUACAUUGGACUGUUAGUUCAGUGAGUACUCUCUGUGUGUAUAUGUUUGUGUAUGUGUGUAUACAUAUGUAUAUGCAUGUGUGGAUGUAUGGGUAUUCACACAACAGUAUAAGCACAGAUGUAGUGCAAUGUGUGUAUAUACGUACAUGCAUAUAUACACAGAAUGAUACUAAUUAGGUGCUCUUUUUUGCUUGUUUCUUGAAUUAUUUCAUAUUCUGUAUGACUAUGAGGAAACAAGUUGCUAUGAAUGGUAUUCAUCUGGACAUUUUUUAACAAACAAAAUCUGUUCAUGCUUGAUAAAUCAAUAAAAGCAUCCAUUCAAAACUGUAGCUUCUGUGGUCUGUGGCAUUUUGCAUGGUCCAUAGGAAUCUAUUGAAAUCUGGGGGAAUGGGAUUUUUGUGUAAAGAUAAAGCAUGCUAUUUUUAUAUACAGAGUAUAGUCUUAGCUGAAGGUUUUCCCUGAUAUUAGAAACUUUUGUAACUGGGAAUAAGCUAACACUCUAUAAUGCCAUUUUUUUUGUGGAGUAGUCUGCUGAGAUGCAAACAGUGAAUGUAAUAGGUGAAGCCUAUGUUGGUAUAAUGAUUGUUCAAGGAUAUAUUUCAAACGCCAAGCUGUGAUUCAGCAGAUUAGAGACUUCCUUAGAAGGUGUCAUCAUCUCAGAGUAAUUUAAGCUCUGGUCUAACCUGAAGUAAUGUUGUGGAUGGGAAAUUUUUUCUUUCUGAGAUCAGAUAAGAUUUUCCUUAUGUUAGGCUCCCAUAUGCUAAUACACAUCUAACAGGGAAAAAAAUCCUUUAGAAGUAGGCUGUACGUCAUAAAUUAUUUAGUAGACUGUCUUCAUUCAUUGUAGAUUCCUACUGUUGGCUUUCAGAGAACAAGCAGAGAGCUGAAGUUACUGCAUUCUCUGUCACAUAUCUAUUCUUUGUCUGUCUUGGGCAUCCCAUUUUUCAGUUGCCUGUAGGACAGACCUCCACUAAGCAGCGGGUCCCAAAUGUAGGAAGAAUAAAAAUCCCUCAGUGGCUACACUGUGUAACGCUGGAAAUUGGCAAAAUACCGAUGAAAGCUCGUAUGCAUUCCUCCUUAUAUUAGCAAUGAUAGGUCACUGAACAGCAGUGUGCAUGAUUUGUUCUGACUCUCGAUUGGAAAGGCUGUGUUCUCUCUCUGUUAGAAAACACAACAGGACACUAUUGAUAGCACAAAUUAAAGUGUCAGCUCUUUAAUGAGUUGACUGUGAGAUGGCCAGCAUUUAUUGCGCUAUGAAGAAAUAUUGGCUGUGGAAGAUUUCUUGACAAUUAUUUGACAUUGGAGAGAGUAUUUCAUUUAUAAUUUUUUGGAUAAAAUAGAUAUCUAGUAGUUCCCAGUUCUGAUGUUAAUUACAAUAGCACAAAUUCUAGAUUAGCCACCCACAAAUACAAAGAGAGAAUUGUUGGUAGCUCUUAUCUGCUAUUAGUUUUAAUUGAAAAAUGUCUUCAUUUCUGUGUUAGGAGUGAAAAAGAUUUGGAUCCAUACACUUGCCAUCUCAGGCAGGGCAUGCCUGGCCUUAAGGCCAGUGUUGGGCAGUCUUGGGUGGCUUAUCAUUUUACGUGAUCCAGCUGUAUUUUCUGUGUAACUAAAUACUGGCUUCUUAUGGUUGAUACAGUUCCUUUCCUAAAUGUCAGAAUUCUCACAUUUGGUCAGAAUGAUUAUUUAUUCUGUCUUUACUAUUCAUAGUAUUCAGCGUUGAAAUCUCUCCUCCUUGUGCCGUGCUUCCUAGGCCUGUCUAAUUGAAUUGAGUGCUAUUUCCAUAUAUCAACAUUUGUCUGGUCAUCGUUUGAAGGAUGAAACGUAAAUGACACCAGGUUGACCAACCAGUCAAUUUUCCCAAUUGUAGCUAAGCCUUCAGCAGUGUCACUCUUACUGAGCUUGUUGUAGUUGACUGCCAAAUUGUGAGUCAUGUGGCCUGCAGGUUUAUUUAGAUUAUGGUUUUGUCUUGAUUUUUGUGUUUGUUUCUGGAUGUUCAGGGGGUGUUAGGCUUUUUCAGUCAAUCAGCAGAGAGAUACAUAAAAACAUUAUGCCUGAUGUUUUCAAGCUAUUUUAUGCAGUUUUCCAUUUUGCGAUGUUAAGAUCUACAUCUCAUAAAGAUAAGUUAAAACACGUGCAUAGGUUGCUUAGGUAUUGAUGCAAUGGCAAAUGUCUCAUAACACCAUGUCUAAUGUCUCUUCACAGACUGAUUUUUCCCACAGUGGAAAUGUGUAUGCAGAUACAGGAAUGUGAUAUGCAGUAUUUUCCUGUAUCAUUGGGCUGAUUGCCCAUUUAGAAAUUAAGAUCUUCAGCACAAUGAAGAACUUUGGUCUUAAUCUUUGUCUUUUCCGUAGGGAGGAAAGCACUACUAGCUUGCAAGUGCUGAUGGUGGGUCUUCCAGAUUAUACUGUGCUGUUUGUCUUUAUUGUACUUUCUGAAGUAAAAGAAACUCUUUCUACUUUAACCUUUGAUUUAGCAUUGGGUUUUCAUAUGAAAAAUAGUAAGAGAUUAAAGAGCAGUAGCUGUAAGUGCUUCAGUGUGAUGAUUUGGGACAUGAAGUGUAAGACAUCCAUGUACAUUAAUCUUUGUACAGAGAGAUACGAGCUUGAAUACUUUCAGUGUUGAGGAAGCUCUGGUUUAGAAGCACAGCAAUGUAGGCAUAUAGCCUUCUAAAAUUUUUUGCAUUAUCCUGCCACCCCAUGAUUUAAAGCAUCAUUAUUACUGCUCCCUGAGAGGCACCGAAGUAGUAGAAGAGUUCUGGAGAAAUGCUGGGAGAGGUCCCUCAGAAUGGCAGGGCAGCUGGAAACCUUCCACUGCCAUACGUCCUCACACCUUUCCACAAUGCUGCAAAGGAAAUCUUGCCUUAUUCUUUUGUUAUGGCUCGGCCCCAGUCUAUGUUCCCGUGUGACAGAAAAAGCCUUGCAAUUGUAUGUUUGAAAUCCUAACCUGAAUAAAUGCAGCAGGACAGGGAUGGCAGCCCCAGGCCUUGAUUCUUCUUUUUUUCUCCUUUUGCCCAGAUUUUUGCUUCCAUUGACUUCAAAGGGGAUUUACACAGAGGUAGGUAAAAGCCCGUGAAUCUUCAGUUUCCAAGGGGUCAACAAUGGAGUAAACGAGCAGCUCCUGUGCUAACAGCUCAGCAUUCCUAUUAAAUCAAACCUUUUGAGAAAGCACAUUAGCUGCUAGCAAAACUGCAGUUUCUUAUGAGCAGUUUCCCAAGGCCAGCACAGGUGUGCUUUAAGGUGUAUAGUUCAAUAACGUUCUUCUUGGGUUAAUUGUGCGAUGCUUUGCUGUUUCCUCAAAACAAGGUGAGAACAAUCCUCUUAGCAAGUGCUAUAUGACUUAAACAAAAAUCAUGAAAACAGCAGAUAAAUAAGUUUAGUACAGCAUAAGACCACCAUUUAAAAAUGGAUAAGAAGUAAAUAAUUUUAGAAGUACACCUCCUCUUACUGUAACUUAAGUAAUUAUUUGAAUGCACGGAGAUGUUUUUUUCUCAGAGAAUGUCGUCUUAUUUCUUUACAAUAUACACAGACACAUUGUAAUCAUAAGUCUUCCUGAAACUCCACAUAUUCAUAAAAUAGUUCAUAUCCAAGCCUUUAAAGCAGCUACUGGAAACUUUGUGUUUUGCAUAUUACUAGUCAUUGAACAGGAAAAAUAUAUAUAUAUGUAUAUACGAUUACACUAUGGGGUUAUACUACUGAAACACUUCAAAAAUGAGAGCCAUCUGCCACACAAGAACAUGCAAUUUUUUUUUUCUUCAUUUUUGUUAUACAAAUUAAUCCACUUGGAAAUAUUUUUUCUGCUCUCCUUCCAUUUCUUCUUUCUUUCUGCUUCCCCACUCAUUUUCAGAUGAGUUCAUUUUCUAGUGCCAAAAUUGGAAUUGCAAGAAAUGCAUGUAAGUGGGAAUAUCUUUAUGUUUUAAAAAACUGGAUUUAUUUUUAAUUUCCUUUAAAAUUACCUUUUUCAUGAGACUUAUGGAAAAUUAAAUGAGAAGUGAGAAUACUAAAGCAGUGUGUUACUGAAAGGUAAGCACAUCUUUAAUGUAGAAGUUAAAGAAGGAAUGCAGAUAAGCCUGAUAUUCUUUUACAAACAAAAUUAUUUGAUUUAAUUAUCUGUGGCUUACUAGUAUUGCUCUCUAAUUAAAACAGUGUUAUGAGACCCGAUUAGGGAGCACAACCAGAUCAAAAGUAGAUUAUUUUAGAAUAUUUCUGGAAUAAGUACUUUAGUAGCAAUAUAUGUACAUAUAAAUAUAUGUGUAUGUAUGUAUUGAAUCUCAUUAAUCUCGGCAGGUUUCUGUGUGUUUUUUUUUUCUUCAUUUUUAAAUACUCUUUAUUCUCUCCAGCAGCAAUUCCCAGUCUAUACGGAUAUCUCUCAUUUGGGAAGCAUGGGGUCUAAUUCUUUAUGGAAUUAGGAACAAUAUUGUCAUAUGGCAUGUGAGAACAUCUCUCACCAGGUGCAGGCAAAUUGCUAUUUAUUUCUGUCAUCUCUGUGUAAGAGUUAUAGACAAACUGAGGAUGAAAAAGGUUCAUCUAAAUUUGUAAGUGUGGGUAGAGGUGGAAGGAUUCACCUUUCAUUCUCUGGUGAAUCACAACUAGUGAUUACAACCGCUGGUAGACCAGUUAGUAGACCCAUUAGUAGAAGACCAAUUGGUAGACCAAUUAGUUUGUUAAUCCAAUCAGUAACUUAUCCUUUUCGUUUCUUCAGUUGACUGAUUUCUCUCUCAUUUUGUCAAUUAGAGUUUAAAAUGUUACUUUUUUCCACCUCCCCCAUCCUCCCCCCCAAAAAAUCCAGAACUGUUCGGCUUUUGUCAAACUUGAAAACAGACUUUGCUGAUGCAGUGUCUGUUGCUUACAGCAGAGGGUAAAGGUGAGGAACGACUGACACAGAGAAUAAGUAGAGGUGCAGACAGUUCAAAACAGCAUAAUGAUGCUCAUAAGCACAGUUCCCAUUAAACCUCUUUAAAGUUAGUUAUGUGAAUGAGGAGAAAGAAGUACAACCAGGUUCAACCUUCAUAUGUAACAAUCAGUAUGAAUCAGCACAGGCCCUGGAACAGUUGAAAAUCAAGACUCUGCUUUUUACUGUAAAAUACUAUUAUCUUGUUUCUCUUCAACAGUUGGGCCCCAGCAUACCUUCAUUGCGUGUGUCUGUACAAACAGGAUAUAGUAAAAAUUGUUCUGCAUCACGUUGUAAAUUCUUACAAAUGUGAGGCCAAUUGUAGAAAUUAGGAUAAACCAUUGAGUUAUAUGCACAUGGAAAGCAACAGAAAAAAAAAAAGUUAUUUAUUCACAAAUUUAUUCAGAGGUAAUUUGAACAAUUCUAUUCAUACCACUCUUGUCAGAAUCCUGACACUGCCUUCCUGAAUCUCUCAAUGGAGAGAAUGAAACAGGAACGUUUUGGCUUUCUGUUCUUAUGAAGACAUUGCUACAUAUUUGUAUGACUUGGAAAUCUCUCAGGAGCAAUAAAUUUAAUAGGAACAAGUGCAGAUUUCUCACCACUCUUGGAUCCUGAACAAACCAUUAGCCCGUUUCAAGGCUGAAAUACUAUCAAGUUUUGAAUGCUUUCAUGUAUUUUUAACUAUGUAAGAAAAAACAUGUAGCAUUAAAAAAUGCGACCAAUUUUAUAUAGACGUGGGAAUAGGUGUCAUUUUUUCCAGCUACAAAACUGUUGUUUGAUACAGGGACAGGGAAAUAUUUUUAUAGGUUUGUAAUAAAGCACCUGCACUUGCGCUGUUCUCAGGCACAGAGGAGUGCUGUAGCCCUACAUCCUUUGAACAUUUCAUCUGUGUGGGGAAUUCAGAGCUCUACAAGUCAUGCAGCAGGAUGGAUUGGUGUGUGUGUACAAUUUUCUCCAAGUCUAUUCCAACUGGCCCAACUUCUCCUGUUCCACUGAAAGCAGUAGAAGGUGCUAGCCAAAGUUGUGUUCUUAUUCCCCAGGGUCAAUAGUGCUCGUGGUCAGGUAGGACACAGUAAAUUUUGAAGAAUGAAAGUCAUCAUUCCAUCACUUCAUUCCCCACACUCUGUAGAGAAAAAGAAAUUAAGAAAAAAAGUCAAAUAGCAGUGCGUGAGCACUCAUAUUACUGGUGUUCACUGUCAAGAUAAAGACAAAAAACCUAUGGGUGUAAAAUGGUUACUUAUUGCAACUGUUUCAUCUCUGACUUUUUUUUUUUUUUUAAUUAUUAUUGUACUAGUAACAGAAGCACUUUGGGACAUGUAACAAAAGUAUCAAGGCUGGAACUCUGAUAAUGAAAGAUAGAAACAGAAUUUGAAUAAAGAAAUAAAAUAACUGGGAAAACAAAACCAUAAAGUAUUGUGGUAGAAACUACUUUGGGAGACUGUACAAACUCUAGUUUUACUGUAAUCACUAAUACAGGAUCAGAGAAAGGGUAAUCAGAAAGGGAAAGCAAAGGAGAGCCUAGGUUAGAAGAAGAGGUAUAUAUUUGGGUUAUUUAACCUAUCAAAUGUUGGCUGGCAGGAGGUAGGGUUGUUGUGUCUGUAAGUAUAGACUAGGAGUAGUAUCAGGAAAGGUGAUAAGAGUCUUAAUUAGAGGUCAAUAUUGGUAUGAAAAUAAAUGCAGUCAACCCAUGGACAAUUAGGUCCACGCCAAUCAAUUCUACUUCAUAGGACAGUGGGCACCUCACUGUUUCAGAGAUGAAGCUUUGUGGACAAGAUUAAUCUCCCUUCAAUCUAAAUGCAUAAAUAUUAGUUAAUUAGGCCUGAGCAUAUUUUCUAUACAUCCUCUAUAAUAAACAAGAAACAGAUAGCUUCAGAUAUUAUAGCAACUUAAUUUGGACCAGCGAGCAUCCUACUGCAUAGCUGAUCUUUCGCCAUUGGUCUUAUAAGGAGCCACAGGCAGAUAAUGAGUACUGGAUGUUUGCUUUUUAGACAAAUAAAGGAAGAUGAGGUGAUAAUCACUCUGUAUAUUUAGCAAUAUUGACAUUGUAUAAAUAGAUGAAAUACUUUUUAUAGAAUACAGAAAUGUUAUAGACAACUUCUGACUUCAGAGGUAAGCAGGCAAUUUUUCAUUGGUCUCAUUGAAGCUGGGGUUUUGUCUCUUAAAUAUAAACAAGACGAAACAUUGUAAGUCAAAUUCUUAUUGAAUGUGGACAAUUCUGCCAUCCAAAGAUUCUUCUAGCCACUCAGUCCUUAUUUUUUCAAGGCAAGUUAUUUGUAAUAAUUAUUCCAUAGAAUGGCCAUUCAGCUCAAGUGUAUCAGUGAAAAUACGUCUACUUCACUACAGAACAAAUCCUCUUGCAGAUUAUGUGUGCUUGUAUGCCUUUGAUUGCAACACAUGCACAGAUAUUUCAAAUUCUGGACUGGUCAUCUAUUUGCUGCAAAAUGCCAUGUAUUAAUUAACAUGGUUGCAUUAUCCUUAGUGCUGUUUUUUUAACAGACGUUAUCAUCAGGUUUUGUCUACUAUUUCCUGAAUUCACUAAUCAGCUUCAUAUAAAUAACAUUCUGCUGAAACUAAAACCCCUAGGUGCCAGUUGACAUAGCUGAAUUUUUCAUUCCUCAUUGGAGUAAGCAUAUAUUGUUGUGAUAGGUGAGUACAAAUAUCAAACACACAUUGCCUGUGUCAAAUAUUUAUGUUGUUUGGUUUUUGUUGGUUUGUUAGGUUUGUUUUUUGUUUGUUUGUUUGUUUGUUUUUGUUUUUUAAUUAUUCUCCCCAGCACAAUUCUAAUGCAAAAGCAGCCAACAACUAUAAAUUAAAAGGAAUGUAUAAGAGAUACCUGAGAAGCUCUGGUUCUUUAAUAUGUAAGUCAAAUGCUGGGGUCAAAAGUGCUUAUUCUACCCUGUAAUUUAUUUGCAUCUUCUAUAGAGGAAAUAGGCCUGGUUUUCUGCAGGAUAACUGAAACUCCUUUUCAUACUCAUGGUAGAUUGUUUUGGAUGGCUACCUUCCAGAAAAUCUUAAUGGGGAGAGAAAAAUAUUUUGUGGAUGGAUGUAAAUAUUCUUUUUUUCCAAAUUUUUAUACUGACUCACCUCUCUACACUGUAUGGUUUACUUUCAUAGAUUUCUUUUCAUCUGUCUCUAAACAGCAUGAAUAUUUAUCUAAUGAUGUUGUGAUGAGGAAUGAUUCAUCCUUCAGGCUAAUGGAGUGCACAGUUGAAAAAGACUUUACAUGCAGAGUACUGCUAACUGCUUGUUCUUCAUAAAAGGGAAGGAAGUGACUCAGACAGGAGAAAUGCUGCAGUGAGGACUGUUGACAAUCUUCAGGCUGAUAGAAAAAAAAAAAUUGCUCAAAUAUAAGGUGAGAAAUACUUUUUGAUGGAAGUUAGGAAAUACUUUUUGAUGGGAAAAGGAUUAGUGCUCCAGAAGUUUAACUAAGGGAAACUGUAAGAAAAUCUCCCGAACUAUGCAGAGAUUUUGGAAAAGGCUUGGCAAAUGGACUUAGUGGGUCUGAAGUUACAGUGAAAGUGGAAUAUGGAGAGAACUGAGGUCUGUGAUGUACCCAAGGGAUGAGUCAGGGAUAGGCAGGCUCCUAUUUGCAGAAUAUCAGAAUGGCUUGUGAAACAGCACUGGAAAAGUGCACUGUGGCUGUUGUGACUGGGGUCUUAGAGUCAGAAGCAGCAGUAGAAAAUAAUGGAACUGAAAUACCAACAAAGUGAGAAGGAAUUAGGAACAUUUUUUUUUUCUUUUUCUGCUAAAAAAAUUAAAAAUAAAAAUGAAAAAAUUGAAAUAUUCAGCAGCAGGAAACAAUAGACCAUGAAAAGCUUUUGUAAAGUGACACUUUCUCCUUUUCUAUGUGAUCUUUGUGUCAACAAAGAUUACUCAAAUUGAGAAAACUCUCAAACUCUAACUUAUUUCCACUGGUUGUGGCAACGUGCUUCAUUACCUUCAUUAUUUUUUGAUCAUUUGAACAAAACGUUCGUCCAUGUCUGCUGCUUAAAACUCACUCAGCCUAUGAUCCUAAUUCACAUGCAAGCAGGGCCUUAGCUCAGUAAAUAUUUCCCAAACCAUACGAAUGUGGAAUUACUCCUAUCUCCUUACAGACCUUGGGCCCUUCUAAUUGCAUGAUGGGAAUACAAUGCAACUUUUUAUCUGGCUCUAAGUUGGCCCUGCGGAGGAUUCCAGUAAAUGAUGUCACUAUGGGUACUGCAUCCCUGGCUCUGUGACCUGUUGGGUUGAUGUAGCAGUGGGACUGGUUUGCCUUUUGCUCAGAUGCAGGCACUCACUGGCAGAGUGCUAGAUGAUUUCAUGCUAAGCUGAUGGAAUGGAAUGUGUCAGAAAGGUGGUGGGGAUGUUUGAUAAUGGAUGAUGAGGAGGUUCUGCCAUGACAUCAUGAAGUCUCACUGUUGAGGAUAUGAGUAAAAUGUAACUGCAGUCACUGUAAUCUAGAAGGAUUUUGACAAAAUCUUUGUAAGGUUAUUGUGCUCUGAAUAAUGUUAAAGCAUGGAAUUUAUGUAAAUGUAAAUGAUCUGAUGUUUAGCUGCUGGGAUAAGAUACUGCAGAUGUACUGCAGGAUACGUAUAAAUAAAUGUGUAACCUGGAUGCUUGGAGUUAUAAAAGAUGGUACUUUGACCAUCUGUCAGCAGUUUUCUUUUAUCUGGCUAAG